UGUAGCCUGAAUAACUGCACUGUAGAAAAGAAAGAACUGCUCGUAAAUGGGAAAUUAUAAAUCUAGACCAACUCAAACUUGUACUGAUGAAUGGAAGAAGAAAGUCAGUGAAUCUUAUGUGACUAUAAUAGAAAGAUUGGAAGAUGACCUGCAGAUCAAGGAUAAAGAGCUUACAGAACUAAACCAAAUAUUUAGCUCUGAUGAAGCCUUCAGUGAAGUCAAUUUAAAUUACCGCACUGAAAACGGGCUCUCUCUACUUCAUUUAUGUUGCAUUUGUGGAGGCAACAAGUCACAUAUCCGAACACUUAUGUUAAAAGGGCUCCGUCCAUCUCGACUGACAAAAAAUGGAUUUACAGCCUUGCACUUGGCAGUUUAUAAGGAUAGUGCAGAAUUAAUCACUUCGCUGCUUCACAGUGGAGCUGAUAUACAGCAAGUUGGGUAUGGUGGCCUCACUGCCCUUCACAUUGCUACUAUAACUGGUCACCUAGAGGCUGCUGAUGUGUUGCUGCAGCAUGGAGCUAAUGUCAAUGUUCAAGAUGCAGUCUUCUUCACUCCAUUGCACAUUGCAGCAUACUAUGGGCAUGAACAGAUUACCCGCCUCCUUUUGAAAUUUGGUGCUGAUGUAAAUGUAAGUGGUGAAGUUGGAGAUAGGCCUCUCCACCUAGCGUCUGCAAAAGGAUUCUUCAAUAUUGCAAAACUCUUAAUGGAGGAAGGCAGCAAGGCAGAUGUGAAUGCUCAGGAUAAUGAAGACCAUGUUCCACUCCACUUCUGUUCUCGCUUUGGACACCAUGAUAUAGUGAAGUACCUGCUCCAAAGCGACUUGGCAGUUCAACCCCAUGUUGUUAAUAUCUAUGGAGACACCCCUUUGCACUUGGCAUGCUACAAUGGCAAAUUUGACGUUGCUAAGGAAAUCAUUCAAAUAUCAGGAACAGAAAGUCUGACUAAGGAAAAUAUCUUCAGUGAAACAGCUUUUCACAGUGCUUGUACCUAUGGCAAAAGCAUUGACCUGGUUAAAUUCCUUCUUGAUCAGAAUGUCAUAAACAUCAACCACCAAGGAAGGGAUGGCCACACUGGACUACAUUCUGCUUGCUACCAUGGUCACAUCCGCCUGGUUCAGUUCUUACUGGAUAAUGGAGCUGAUAUGAAUCUAGUAGCCUGUGAUCCCAGCAGGUCUAGUGGUGAAAAAGAUGAGCAGACAUGUUUGAUGUGGGCUUAUGAAAGAGGACAUGAUGCCAUUGUCACACUCUUGAAGCAUUAUAAGAGACCCCAGGAGGAACUGCCCUGCAAUGAAUAUUCUCAGCCUGGAGGAGAUGGCUCCUAUGUGUCUGUUCCAUCCCCCUUGGGGAAGAUCAAAAACAUGACAAAAGAGAAGGCAGAUGUUCUCCUCCUAAGGGCUGGAUUGCCCUCACACUUCCACCUUCAGCUCUCAGAAAUUGAGUUCCACGAGAUUAUCGGCUCAGGUUCUUUUGGGAAAGUAUAUAAAGGACGAUGCAGAAAUAAAAUAGUGGCCAUCAAACGUUACCGAGCCAAUACCUACUGCUCCAAGUCAGAUGUGGAUAUGUUUUGCCGGGAGGUGUCCAUUCUCUGCCAGCUCAAUCAUCCCUGUGUAAUUCAGUUUGUGGGCGCUUGCUUGAACGAUCCCAGCCAGUUUGCCAUUGUCACCCAGUACAUAUCAGGAGGUUCCCUGUUUUCCCUCCUUCAUGAACAGAAGAGGAUUCUUGAUUUGCAGUCCAAGUUGAUAAUUGCAGUAGAUGUGGCCAAAGGUAUGGAAUACCUUCACAACCUGAAACAGCCAAUUAUACACCGUGACUUGAACAGUCACAAUAUUCUUCUCUAUGAGGAUGGACAUGCUGUGGUGGCUGAUUUUGGAGAAUCAAGAUUUCUACAGUCUCUGGAUGAAGACAACAUGACAAAACAACCUGGGAACCUCCGUUGGAUGGCUCCAGAGGUGUUCACACAGUGCACACGGUACACCAUCAAAGCUGACGUCUUUAGCUAUGCUCUGUGUCUGUGGGAACUUCUCACUGGUGAAAUUCCAUUCGCCCAUCUCAAGCCAGCAGCUGCAGCAGCAGACAUGGCCUACCACCACAUUAGACCUCCCAUUGGCUAUUCCAUUCCCAAGCCCAUAUCUUCUCUGCUGAUGCGAGGGUGGAAUGCAUGUCCUGAAGGAAGACCUGAGUUUUCUGAAGUUGUCACGAAGUUAGAAGAAUGUCUCUGCAAUAUUGAGCUGAUGUCUCCUGCAUCAAGUAACAGCAGUGGGUCUCUCUCACCAUCCUCUUCCUCUGAUUGCCUGGUGAGCCGGGGAGGGCCUGGACGGAGUCACGUGGCAGCUUUACGGAGUCGUUUUGAGUUGGAAUAUGCUCUAAAUGCAAGAUCCUAUUCUGCCUGGUCCCAAAGUGCUAGACAAUGUUCCUCUCAAGGCCUGUCAUUGGAGGAGAUGAAAAGAAGUCUUCAGUACUCACCCAUUGACAAAUAUGGCUACGUGUCUGAUCCCAUGAGCCCGAUGCAUUUCCAUUCUUCCCGGAAUAGUGGCAGCUUUGAGGACAGCAGCUGACAGCAUUCAGCAUCUACCUAAGGAGAAUUUUCCCAAAAACUGACAGCAACAAUUCCAGCCACGGCAGGCUUGCUUCCAAUUAGAAUAUUUUACCCUCUAAGGUCUCCUUAAAUUGGCUUGUUUAUCCUGGUCCUGCUUAAGUUCCUAUCACCAGUUGGGCUUUGGAUUUGUUGGUGAAGGAUGAAAUGAAAAAAAAAAAAAAAGUAAAAACAAACAACCCAAAAAACAAGAAAGAAAAGGAAAAAAGAAAACCAGAAUGUAAAUGGAGAAUUGUUUUUAAUUUUGUAAAUGAAACAGCAAAUCUAUCUUAUAACUUGUGGUGGGCACUUAACAGUUAUUGUGUUUUCCUAGGCUGAAUUAGGUAGGCUUGGGUUUGACAGCUGUGGGUUUGAUUUCUUAGAAUGUUUUUCAUUUUCUUAUCUCAUUAUGUUACUUUUGGUGUUCAACUCUGUGAUUAAAGAUUCG